GUGGUAAUGGUACAUUUUGUUCAUGUUGUGCAUGUUGUGUUCAUUGACACACCACCUUUUUAUGGAUACGUGAUAUGUUUAUGUAUUUCUUGUACAUGUAUCCUGAAUAUGUAAUAUGUCAAGUUCUCAUAGGUGUAUCCUGCUGGUACAUGCCCUGUGCUUAUCUGUGGAUCAUGGGAACUGGUGUUAAUUUAGUUCAUAUGAGUUAUGCUCUGAUAUUGCAUUUUAUAGUGCUCAUUGGCUGUCACCGGUGCCCACAAAAUACAUGCAUCUGAUUUUUGCUAUGCUGCUUUUGGUGAGAUGAAUAUGGAUAGUGGACAGAAAUAUUACUACUAGUAAUUGAUUCCACAUUUUGAACUUUGGUGGGUGUUGUACAGGGGAAACUCAGUGGAUCCUGUUAGGAAAUGGAAAUGGACUGUUUGAAGGGCUGUAGCUGCUUAAUUUCAUAUGGAUUGCUGCCUCAUCAUUAAUGCACGAGCCAGCAUCAUUGGUAGAUGGUCGUUCCCUGCAAAGAUGUUUGUAGCAUUUUCCAUCUAUCAACUGUACAAACGGAUGACAGUGGAGGAAUUUGUUAGGCAUCAAUGCAUGCCAAAUUCGUGAACCGAAAUCGCUUCAGAUGCGCCGACGGUGGACUGGGUCGAGCAGACCGUCCGUCAGUCAUAAGCCGCGACUCUCCAUGUCGUCGUCAGUGCUGACAGUGGGCGCCAUCGGACAGGCACCGGCAUGACGUCACCGGCCGUCGCGCAGCCGGCCGGUGGCGAGGUCUCGUUCGCCGACAUCCUGGAGGAGGCGGAGCCGGCCGCGCCGACGUCCGAGAUGGCGCCGGACGGAGAAGGUGCCGCGGCCGGCCCGGCCAGCGCAGCCAGCGCGGCGGUGGAGAGGGCCACGGGCGGCGAGGCAGACUCAGCAGCCUCGGCUCCCGCUACCAGCGCGACUCCGACGCUCGCAACCGCGCCGACUCCCGCCGGACCCUCCACGGUGCCGGCGCCUGCUCCCGGCUCCACACCAGCCCCAGCACCUGCUGCGAAACCGGCGGCGGAUCCCGCGUCCAAGCCAGCCCCGACCCCGGCUUCUAAGCCGUCGCCGGCUCCGGCGGCGCGUGCGAUCCCAUCGGACGCCGUGCCGGUGCGGGAGUUUGCGGGCGGCGCCGCGGUGGCGCCCCAGGUCGCGGACAAGCCGCUGACGGAGCUGGAGAAGCUCUGGAAGCCGGUGAAGGAGAACCCGGCCGACUUUACCGCCUGGGCGCUGCUCAUCCAGUACGCUGAGGCCCAGUGUUUCAUGGAGGACAUCCGCGAAGUGCUAAGAUCGUUCCUGAGUCGCUACCCGUAUUGCUACGGCUACUGGAAGAAGUAUUGCGACCUAGAGAGGAAGCGAGGCACCCCGGAGCUCUGCAGCGAGGUGUUCGAGCGCGGCCUGCGCGCCGUGCCGCUCAGCGUCGACCUCUGGCUGCACUACCUCGGCUACGUGCGCUCGGUGCACGAGCAGCGGCCCGACCUGGUGCGCGACGCCUUCGAGCGCGCCGUGGCCGCCUGCGGGCUGGAGUUCAGGUCGGACCGACUCUGGGAGCAGUACGCCAGCUGGGAGACUCAGAACAAGGAGGGGCCUCGCGCCCUGGCCGUGUACCGUCGCGCCCUCGCCGUGCCCACGCUCUCCUACCGCACUCACUUCGAGAACCUGGAGCAGUUUGUGGGCGAGACGCCGCCGCAGGACCUGCUGACGGUGGAGGAGUUCCUGGAGGCGCGCCGGGCCGUGCUGGCCGAGCUGAAGGCCUCGGAGCCGGCGCCGGCCCAGCCGUCCUCGGAGCUGCUACCGCCCGGCUGCGACGAGGCGCCGCCCGGCCUGCCCGCGCCGCCCGUCAUCCUGAGCUCCGACGACGAGGGCGUGCGGCUGCGCUCGCGCAUCCUGGCGCCGCUCCGACAACUGCACAUGGGCACCGAGAAGCAGGUGUCGCUGCGCUGGAACUACGAGGAGCUGAUCAAGCGGCCUUACUUCCACGUGAAGCCUUUGGAGAAAGGUCAGCUGAAGAACUGGAAAGCAUAUCUAGACUUCGAGAUUGAGCAGGGCGACAAGGAAAGAAUCCGCGUUCUCUUCGAACGCUGCCUGAUAGCGUGUGCUCUCUAUGAAGAGUACUGGUUAAAGUACAUCCGGUACCUGGAGUCCCAGGAUCCGGUGGAUCCGGACCUGAUACGGUCGGUGUACGAGAGGGCCUGCUGGACUCAUCUGCCCAAGAAGCCCACCAUUCAUAUGCUUUGGGCCACCUUCGAGGAGAAGCAGGGCGACCUGGAGCGCGCGUCCGAGGUGGUGGAGCGUCUCUCGGCGCUCGUCGCGGCGCUGGAGGUGACGCAGCGGCGCAUCAACCUGGCGCGCCGGCGCGGCCGGCUCGAGCUCGCCGAGCGCCUCUACGCCGACACCCUGAAGACCUGCCUCCACAAGGGCCAGGCCGUCGCGAUGGCCGUCAAGUUCGUCCGCUUCCUCUAUAAGGUACGCGACGACCGGCCGAAGGCGGAGGAGGUGCUGCGCGAGGCGAUCCGACACGACCCCGUCAACCAGCGCCUCUACCUGCAGCUGGUGGACUUGGGCUUCCAGAGCCGGCCAGUAGAUGUCGCCAUGGUGCAGGACGCGUUUCGCAUGGCCCUGGCGUCGGGUCUGGAGCUGCGCGACCGUCUGCUGUUCGCUCACCGGCGGGUGGAGUUCCUGGAGGAGUUCGGAGAGGACAUCCAGAGCCUGCAGGCGGCUCAGGAGGAGUACUCGUCGCUGGCGCGCGCCGCCAAGGCCGAGGCCAAGCGACGCAAGCAGGAGGAGGCCGACGACACUGAGCCGGGCCGGCCGGCAGCCAGCGGCGGCCCGGUCUCCGCGGCCGGCACCAAGCGACCCGCCGCGGCGGCCGCCACCGCCCAGAACGGGACGGAGAAGCGGGCGCGCGCCGACGGGGCCGCCGCGGCACCCGCGCCGACCGUCCAGCAGACGGCGGUGCGACCGACCAAGCCCGCAUAUCAGGCGCCGCAGCCGACGCCGACGGCCGCCGCGCCGUUCGCCCAGCCGCCGCCGCCGCCACAGCAGCAGCAGCAACAGCCGUUCGGCGGGUACGGGCACCCACAGCAGCAGCAACAGUACUUCGGCGGGUACCAGUACCCGGGCCCCGGCGGCUGGAACUACCCUGGCGGCCAGCAUAACUACAACCAGUACGGCCAGUACCCGUACCACUAGCGGCGGCGGUGGGACUUGAGGUGCGACGGGUAGUCGGAAGAUGGCGCUAGUGUGCAGGUGUCCUGUUCAGCCGCGCGGUGCUGGGUGUGAGGAGAGCGGACCUCGGGCGGGAUAACGGCUCCGCAGGCCGUGUGGUUUUGUACUGAAUUCCGUUCUUGGUGUAACUCUGUCCGCCGCGCUUCGUGUAACACUGAACAGGCAGUGGGUAACUGGUUGCUGUUGCGUAGCGCCAUUUCUUCGCUAAUGUGGUUGCGUGGGCUAAACCGGUGUGUACCGCGCAGAGCAGGUCAGAGAGCGGCGGUGCUCUAGCGCGAAAUCAGCUGCCAUGACAAGUGGCAUCAUUGCCGCCGGAGUUGUGACCUGGUGAUAUUGCCAUCGUCACAUGUUGUGGGACUCGAGUGCAUCCCCGCUCCAUCCAAGCGCCGACUGCUUCUCUGAGCAAUACAGGUGAUAGAGUCGCGUGUGA